CCUCCUUCCUCCUUCGCUCCGUUUCUUCUCGCUUUCCUCCGCGCGAGCGCCAGCCAGCCAGCCAGCCAGCAAGAACUCACCACCGCUCUGCGGCGAAAGAAGCUUUCUCUCUCUAGGUCAUUCCCCACUCACUCACUCUCUCUCUCUCUCUCUCCACCACUCAAGCCACAAUUAUUCCCCCUCCUCUUUAUUUUAAUCCCAACCCUAGUUGAGGAAAACUCGCUCCCGUUAAAGUCGUCACCUCCCAUCCUCAUUGUCACGCUGUGAACUAGAGAGAGAGAGAGAGAGUAGAGAGAGGAACUUGUGCGAGGCUGCCCACCGACGCGACCACCUCCCCAAGAUGCACGCCAAGACGGAUUCCGAGGUCACCAGCAUCGCCCCUUCGUCCCCCACCCGGUCCCCGCGCCGGCCCGUCUACUACGUCCAGAGCCCGUCCCGCGACUCCCACGACGGCGAGAAGACCGCCACCUCCUUCCACUCCACGCCGGCCCUCAGCCCCACCGCGUCCCCGCCCCACUCCCACUCCUCCGUCGGCCGCCACUCCCGCCAGUCCUCCUCCAGCCGCUUCUCCGGGUCCCUCAAGCCCGGAUCCCGCAAGGUCAACCCCAACGACGGCUCCCGCGGCGGCGGCGGCGGCCGGAAGGGGGGCGGCGGCGGGCGGAAGGAGUGCGCCAUCAUCGAGGAGGAGGGGCUCCUCGAGGACGAGGACCGCGAGCGGGGCCUGCCUCGCCGGUGCUACUACCUCGCCUUCGUCCUCGGCUUCUUCAUCCUCUUCUCCUUCUUCUCUCUCAUUCUCUGGGGGGCCAGCAAGAAUCAGAAGCCCAAGAUCACCAUGAAGAGCAUUACCUUCGAGCAGCUCAAGAUCCAAGCCGGGUCGGACAGUACCGGAGUGACCACGGACAUGAUCACCGUGAACUCCACGGUCAAGUUCACCUACCGCAACACCGGCACGUUCUUCGGCGUCCACGUCACGGCGACGCCGGUCGAUCUCACCUACUCCAAGCUCACAAUCGCCUCCGGCACUCUGAAGAAGUUCUAUCAGGGAAGGAAGAGCCAGAGAGUGGCGUCGGUGUCGGUGAUCGGCGACCAGAUCCCCCUGUACGGGAGCGGAUCUGGGCUGAGCAGCUCGUCGGACGUGCCGACCGUGCCCGUGCCCCUCGGCCUGAGCUUCGCCGUCCGAUCCAAAGCCUACGUCCUGGGGAAGCUGGUCAAGCCCAAGUUCUCCAAGCAGAUCGACUGCUCCGUCACCUUCGAUCCCAAGAAGCUCAACGUGGCGAUCUCCCUGGCCAAAUCUUGCACAUUCAGCUGAGAAAAAAGAAGUAGAAAAAUUUGUUUGUCUUUUUUUCUUUUUUUCUUCCUUCUUUCUUUCUUUCUUUUUGGGUUGUUAAUUACAGCUAAGCGGGCAGGUCAAGGGUGGUUCGGGCAGGGAACGGGUGACGCGGUUUUGGACUUUUUGGGCUGCCCGGAGUGCCCCGCGGUUCGGUGCGGUGGGGGGUGUGACCUGGUGACCGGGAGUGGCGGUGGCCGCUCCUUUAUUUUCUGUGUAUUCUUUUCUUCUUCUAUUUAAUAUAUGGCGAUGAUGGACGAAUAAGUUUUUUCUUUCAAAAAAAAAAAAUAUGGGACAAAGUAUGGAUCCCAUUGUUUUACUGGAA